AUGGAUCGUGACAUGUCAUGCGUGGUGUUUCGACGGAGAGGGUGUGAGGGGGCCUUUGCGUCCAAACACGAAAGGCAUGUUCCAGGCCCCAGACACCCCCAACAUGACCUUCCCGCAGCGGUCAAGGGGUGGUCACGAUGGAAGCUUGGCACGAGAUUCGGACGCCAACGGCCGUCGACUCAGCGACGGCCGCUAAUUGACACCCCGUGGAACCGCCGACCCUGGGUGGCUUUUGCGGCUACUGUCGGAUCGACGCCCAAGCCAUUGCUUGAUUUCGCCCCGCGCCUGGUCCGAAAUGUUCUCCAGAUUGGGAAGACUGGUGGACCAAAUUGGCUAGGAUCUCUCGCCGCUUUUGCGUAG